GCGGAAAAUAAAGUUCUUCUUCCAUGUCAGGAUGUUAUUAAUACACCAAUUACCAUCUUACAUACUCAAAGUGAUUAUAAAAAAGCUCAUGAAGAAAACAGUAGGUGAUUUAUUCCAACUACUUGGGUAGAAGCUUUCAUGUAAUAUUCGAAUUCUCAUGAUAUCUGAAGUAGUUGCAAGGUACUGAUGGGAGGAAUGUUGGGCAACAUUCCUCCCAUCAGCAGCAGCAUAAAGGAGUUGAACAGAGCAUAAUCUUCAACUGGAAGAACAAAGCAUAUAUGCAUAAGAGGACUGUUGAGUAAGUGACGGGGCAAGAUACUCUGCUUCAGUUGAUUUUCUGGAGGCGCGAAUCUCAUGCCAAGAAUAUGCCAAGAACAGUAAUAUUUAAAUGAUCAACACGAAACAAGUUUCAUAAAAACAGGAUUAACGUCUAUGCAUUUGCAGAGAAGACACAAAUGGCUUCCAAACAAUAUGAGAUAAUGAUGUUCCCAUGGUUGGCAUUUGGCCACAUCCUGCCAUUUUUCGAAUUGGCCAAGAGAUUGGCUUCCAAGGGGAUCCAUAUUUCCUUCAUCUCUACUCCCAGAAAUAUACAGAGACUGCCUCCAAUUCCCGAUUACUUAAUUGAAAACAUAAACCUUGUCCAGAUCCCACUGACAUCAGUCGAUGGUCUGCCGGAGAAUUCCGAGGCUACUAUAGACUUGCAAUUGGAGUGCACUGAGUAUCUCAGGAAGGCCUGCGACGGGUUACACGAGGCACUAGAGCAGCUCUUGUGCGAGAUUUCGCCGGACUUAAUCCUAUUUGAUUUUGUUCAGUGCUGGAUCCCAAAAAUCGCCGCCAAAUUCCGCGUGCCUUCCGGAUAUUUUAGUGCAUCAGAGCUCGAGUCAUUUGGCCGGAGAAAGAAGCCGGAAGAUUUUGCAGCAACUCCAGACUGGUUUCCUUUAACUUCAUUGGUGUCUCGAGGUCCUCACCAGGCACAAAAGAUGUUCAGGAACUUAUACUUUCCUGAUAAAUCCAGCCUGUCAGGCGGCCAAAGGUGGGCAGCGACUCUACAUGGUUGUGAAUUUGUUGCUGUGAGAAGCUGCUCGGAGCUUGAAGGUGAAUAUCUAAACCUCAUUAGAGGACUCUACCAGAAACCAGUAGUGUCAGUAGGUUUAUUGCCACCAAUACCCAAGCACAAAAUAUCUGAUCAGGCAACUAGCUCAAAUUGGUCACAUAUCUCCAAAUGGUUGGACAAACAAGCUAGAAAGUCCGUCGUGUUUGUGGGAUUUGGAACAGAAUACAAAAUGCCUCCGGAGGAAAUCCGCGAGUUGGCAUACGGGCUCGAGCUCUCCGAGAUGCCUUUCUUCUGGAUCCUCAGGAUGCCCGGUGGACUAGAGUUUGAUAGCUCUGAACUGCUUCCUGAUGGGUUCCUGGUGAGAACUUCCAAGCGGAGUAUGGUUUCGAUAGGGUGGGUGCCACAAUUGGCAAUUCUUGGUCAUCCUGCUAUCGGAGGGUGUCUGUACCAUUCUGGGUGGAGUUCUAUCAUCGAGUCACUUGGAUUUGGUCAUCCACAGAUUUUGAUGCCCAUGGUAGAUGACCAGGGCCUUAACGCGAAGCUGUUAGUGGAAAAAGGGGUCGGGUUUGAGGUACCCAGAAAUGAAGAUGGAUCAUUUCACAGAGAUGCAGUUGCCAAGUCCAUCAGACUUGUGAUGCUGGAAGAUCAGGGAGAAGGAUUGAGAGUGAAGGCAGCUCAUACACAGAAAAUUUUCGCCGACCAGGAUCUUCACGACAGUUACAUCAACAAUUUUGUAGAGUUCCUGUACAGCCGCAGAAAAGUACCAUCACAUACCCACGAUAGGUAAAAAGUUGUCGUAUCUUGGCAGAGAGGCAUUACUGUCUGCAUUAUCAUUGAGGAAUGAAGAGUUCUAGUUCAUGUAAUUAGGAGCAUGCCAUUUUCAGUUAUUAGGUGUGUGUGGUA